AUCCAACAUGGCGGCAGGCCUGAACCUCCAGCCUCAGACCGUCAACGGUCUCCUUACACUUGACCUGAGUAACCAGGGUCUGACGUCCAUCCCGGAGGAGGUGUUUGAUAUCACUGACCUGGAGUUUCUAGAUGUGUCCAAUAACAAACUAACCAGCAUCCCGGAAGCAAUCGGCCGUCUGCAGAACCUUUCCCGUUUGGACGCUGACGGCAACAUGAUGACAAGUUUGCCACAGGCGAUCAGUUCCUUGCAAGGGCUGAAACAGUUAUAUGUCCAUAGCAAUAAUUUGAGUGAGUUGCCUGACGGGUUGGAAGAUUUACAAAACCUGGAAUGGCUAUGGGUAAAGGACAAUAAGUUAAAGAAACUUCCUACAAAAAUCUUUUCCUGCCUCAACCUUGUAAACUUUGAUGCCAGUAACAAUAAUCUCUCCACCUUCCCUCCUGGUGUGGAAAAGCUGCAGAAACUGAGAGAACUGUACAUUUAUGGUAAUCAGCUGACGGAGGUACCCUCAGGGGUGUGCUCGCUCCCUAACCUUGAGAAGUUAAGUGUCUACAAUAAUAAUCUCUCCACCUUCCCUCCUGGUGUGGAAAAGCUGCAGAAACUGAGAGAACUGUACAUUUAUGGUAAUCAGCUGACGGAGGUACCCUCAGGGGUGUGCUCGCUCCCUAACCUUGAGAAGUUAAGUGUCUACAAUAAUAAUCUCUCCACCUUCCCUCCUGGUGUGGAAAAGCUGCAGAAACUGAGAGAACUGUACAUUCAUGAUAAUCAGCUGACGGAGGUACCCUCAGGGGUGUGCUCGCUCCCUAACCUUGAGAAGUUAAGUGUCUACAAUAAUAAUCUCUCCACCUUCCCUCCUGGUGUGGAAAAGCUGCAGAAACUGAGAGAACUGUACAUUCAUCAUAAUCAGCUGACGGAGGUACCCUCAGGGGUGUGCUCGCUCCCUAACCUUGAGGUGUUGAGUGUCGGUAAUAACCCCAUCAGAUGUCUCCCCGAUGAAGUCACACGACUCACCAGGAUGAAGACUCUCAGUGUCCCCAGCUGUCAGUUUGAUGAGUUCCCCAGACAGGUGCUGCAGCUGAAGACACUGGAGAUGCUGUAUGCUGGACAAAAUGGCGGGCGCAAGUUUGACAUGGUCCCAGAUGAAGUGGGAAACUUACAACACCUGUGGUUCUUGGCAUUGGAAAACAACCUCCUUAGAACCCUGCCGAGCACCAUGAGUCACCUGCACAACCUACGGCAGGUCCAACUCUGGAACAACAAGUUCGACACGUUCCCAGAAGUCCUGUGUGAACUACCUGCCAUGGAGAAACUGGACAUAAAGAACAACAACAUCACCAGGAUCCCAACCGCCCUUCACCGAGCAGACAAACUGAGGGACUUGGAUGUUUCUGGAAACCCCCUGACAUACCCUCCACAGGACGUGUGUAAACAAGGGACCGGCGCCAUCAUGGCCUUCCUGAAACAGGAGGCUGAGAAAGAUGAGAGAAUUCUCAGUGCCUUCAACCGCCUGUCCGUGAGGAUGAGCCAAACCCAGUGGAAACCUCUCGCCCGGAGCCUGGGGCUCAGCAACAGGGCGAUGGACGCCAUCAAGGUUUCCGCGCCAGACGACGUUCCUGACCAGGUGUACCAGACCCUGGUACAGUGGAGAGAGAAGGAAGGUGAGGCGGCCACACUUUCCGCCCUGGAGCAGCACCUCAGAGACCUGGACUUUCAGCAGCUGGCGGACCAGCUUUUUCGGGCGCCCAGGGAGGCAGAGAAAGAAACAGAAGACGUGAAAAGUAGAGAGGAACACAUUAAAGUGACAGGACGACCACAGAAACAGGAUGAUGGCGUCAAGAAAACACAGCCUGAAGGUGCUGUGGCGGUUACGAAGGGCGAUUCUUCUGACUCCAGAACCUCGGCACUCACUGCUCGGGUUCAGCCGAUGGUCCGGUCGGAAGUUACAGGAGGACACAAUGCGGUUUUCCUGUCGUACCAGUGGGACCACCAGGACAAAGUGCUGCUGCUGCACGAUCGCCUGCAGGAGCGAGGCUACAGCUGCUGGAUGGACAUCAAGCAGAUGGGGGGAGGGGACAGUCUGUACGAGAUGAUGGACAAGGGCAUCAGGGGGGCCAAGGUCGUUGUUAGCUGCGUGACGCCCCCUUACGCCGAGUCGAAGAACUGCAGGGACGAAGUGGCGCUUGCGCGGAACCUGAACACUCCCAUCAUCCCCGUGAUGCUGGAGAAGACAACAUGGCCGCCGCCCGGGCCCAUGUCCAUCCCCUUGGCGCAACUGCUCUACAUCAACAUGGCCAAAGGUCAGGACGAGGACCCGUGGAAGGGGGCGCUGUUUGAGGAGUUGGUUAGGAUGAUAGAUUCUUUUGUGAAGAGGCCGAAAGCUAAGUGAUUAACCGAAACAACAAUCGGCACAUUUGACUAAUCGCUGACGACAAGUAUCCGCAGGAUCACGUGCCCCUAACUCUCGCGAGUUUACGUUCUGGUGUGAUUGGUCAUCAGUGUUGAUCAAAAAGAAGGCGGCAGUGGUCGUUGAAUUCGAAAUUUGAAGAGGCUGAAGGCAAAAUAAGAUAUGAAUUAAGUUCAUGACCUACAUGAUUAACCAAAGCAACGAUAUCAUCCACUUUAAUUAUCAAUACAAUUAUAGCGUGUAAACUAAUAUCUAGACUGACAGGCUAUUUCUCGUUUGAUGGGGAACUUUGCAAAUAAUGGCAUUUUGUCACAAAAGGUGUACACAUUGAUGGAUGUAGAUAGACAGUGCAAAUAGAUUAUGAAGGGGCUGAUGUCUACAUCGCAGUAGCAAUGCUAUAAUAUGAAUGGUCAUAGGGUGUAAUCUCAGACGCAUGUUAUAGCCUACUCCUAGCAUUUGGCACAUGUGUUUGUAAAAUACACGUAGAUCUUUGAAAAAUGUACUUGAUGUGCGAACUUCCGUACUGAUAAUGAAAUG